CCUCUCCAGUACACUAGGGUUUGGAUUCCUGACCCUGAUGAAGUUUGGAGAUCAGCAGAAAUUAUCAAGGAUUACAAAGAGGGAGAUAAAAGCCUCCAGCUGAAACUUGAAGAUGAAACUCUGUACGAAUAUCCCAUCGACCUCCAAGGGAAUGAGCUGCCCUUCCUGCGCAAUCCAGACAUCCUGGUGGGGCAGAAUGACCUGACAGCCCUCAGCUACCUGCACGAGCCUGCGGUCCUGCACAACCUCAAAGUCAGGUUCCUCGAGUCCAACCACAUCUACACCUACUGUGGUAUCGUGCUGGUGGCCAUCAACCCCUAUGAGCAGCUGCCGAUCUACGAGCAGGAUGUCAUCUACGCCUACAGCGGCCAGAACAUGGGGGACAUGGACCCCCACAUCUUCGCCGUGGCCGAGGAAGCCUACAAGCAGAUGGCCAGGGAUGAGAAGAACCAGUCCAUCAUCGUGAGCGGGGAGUCAGGGGCGGGCAAGACGGUCUCCGCCAAAUACGCCAUGCGCUUCUUCGCCACCGUCGGGGGCUCCGCCAGCGAGACCAACAUUGAAGCCAAAGUCCUGGCCUCCAGCCCCAUCAUGGAGGCCAUUGGAAAUGCUAAAACAACAAGGAAUGACAACAGCAGCCGCUUUGGGAAAUACAUUCAGAUUGGCUUUGAUAAAAGGUACCACAUCAUUGGUGCCAACAUGAGGACGUAUCUGCUGGAAAAAUCUCGGGUUGUGUUUCAGGCAGAGGACGAGCGCAACUACCACAUCUUCUAUCAGCUCUGUGCCUCCUCAAGCCUUCCAGAAUUCAAAGACCUUGGACUCACAUGUGCCGAAGACUUUUUCUACACUUCUCAGGGAGGUGACACGUCCAUCGAUGGUGUGGACGAUGCUGAUGACUUUGAGAAGACCAGGCACGCCUUCACCCUGCUCGGAGUGAAGGAGUCUCACCAGAUGACCAUUUUUAGGAUAAUUGCUGCCAUUCUGCACCUGGGGAACUUGGAAAUCCAAGGGGAACGAGAUGGGGAAGCCUGCAGUGUUUCGAGUGAAGACGAGCACCUGAGCAACUUCUGCAGCCUGCUGGGCGUGGAGCACAGCCAGAUGCAGCACUGGCUCUGUCACCGCAAGCUCGUCACCACGGCCGAGACCUACGUGAAGAGCAUGUCCCUGCACCAGGUGGUGAACGCCAGGAACGCCCUGGCCAAGCACAUCUAUGCCCAGCUCUUCAACUGGAUCGUGCAGCACAUCAACAAGGCCCUGCACACCACUGUGAAGCAGCACUCCUUCAUCGGCGUGCUUGACAUCUAUGGGUUUGAAACUUUUGAAGUGAAUAGCUUUGAGCAGUUCUGUAUCAACUAUGCCAACGAGAAGCUCCAGCAGCAGUUCAACUCGCACGUCUUUAAGCUGGAACAGGAAGAGUACAUGAAGGAGGGAAUCCCUUGGACUCUCAUAGACUUCUAUGACAACCAGCCCUGCAUAGACCUGAUAGAGGCCAAGCUUGGGAUCCUGGACCUGCUGGAUGAAGAGUGCAAGGUGCCCAAGGGCACGGACCAGAACUGGGCGCAGAAGCUGUACGACCGCCACGCCACCAGCCAGCACUUCCAGAAACCUCGCAUGUCCAACACCUCUUUCAUCAUCCUGCACUUCGCUGACAAGGUGGAGUACCAGAGCGAGGGGUUUCUGGAGAAGAACAGGGACACCGUGUAUGAGGAGCAGAUCAACAUCCUCAAAGCCAGCAAGUAUCAGAUGGUAGCAGACUUAUUCCAGGAGGAGAAGGAAGCUGUGCCUGCCACUGCCGUGCGGAAGGGAACACCCCGGAUCAGCGUCCGCUCCGCCAGGCCAGCCUUCAAAGCUGCCAACAAGGAGCACAGGAAAACUGUGGGACACCAGUUCCGCAACUCCCUGCACCUGCUGAUGGAGACCCUGAACGCCACCACCCCACACUACGUGCGCUGCAUCAAGCCCAACGACGAGAAACUCCCCUUCAAGUUUGAUCCAAAGAGAGCAGUGCAGCAGCUGAGAGCCUGUGGGGUGCUGGAGACCAUCCGGAUCAGUGCAGCUGGCUUCCCAUCCAGGUGGUCCUACCCUGACUUUUUCAAUAGGUACCGUGUGCUUAUGAACAAGAGAGACCUCUGUAAGAACGACAAGAGGCAGAUCUGUCAGACCCUGUUGGAAGACCUCAUUAAGGAUCCAGACAAGUUCCAGUUUGGCCGUACCAAGAUCUUUUUCCGUGCAGGCCAGGUGGCAUAUCUGGAGAAACUGCGGGCAGAUAAGUUCAGAGCUGCCACCAUCAUGAUCCAGAAGACUGUGCGGGGCUGGCUGCAGAGGGCCAAGUACCAGCGGCUGAGACGAGCCACCCUCACCCUGCAGUGCUAUGCCCGCAGGCACCUGGCACGCAGGCUUUUUGAGCACCUGAGGAGGACGAGGGCUGCCAUCAUCUUGCAGAAGCAGUACCGAAUGCUGCGGAUGCGCCAGGCUUUCCUGAGGGUCCGCAACGCCACCCUCACCAUCCAGGCUUUUGCUCGGGGCAUGUUUGUCAGGAGGAUUUACCACCAGAUGCUGGUGGAACACAAGGCCACCAUACUGCAGAAGUAUGCCCGGGGCUGGCUGGCCCGCACGCGGUUCCGCCGNNCCCGCGCCGCCGCCGUGGUGCUGCAGUGCCACUGGCGGCGCCUCAGGGCCCGGCGCCAGCUCCAGGCCCUCCGCAUCGAGGCACGCUCGGCACAGCACCUCAAGAAGCUCAACAUCGGCAUGGAGAACAAGGUGGUGCAGCUGCAGAGGAAGGUGGAUGAGCAGAACAAGGAGAACAAACUUCUGAAUGAGCAGCUGUCCAUGCUGACAUCAGCCCACUCCUCCGAGGUGGAGAAGCUGAAGAAGGAGCUGCAGCAGUACCAGCAGACCCAGCAGGGUGAUGGCAACCAGCUCCUCAGCCUGCAGGAGGAGAUGGAGCGGCUGCGGAUGGAGCUGGAGAGGGCUCACGGGGAGAGGGAGGUCAUGGAGGACAGCCACAGCAAGGAGAGGGACCUGCUGAGGAAGCGCAUCUCUGACCUGGAAGAAGAAAACACUCUCCUGAAGCAGGAAAAAGAGGAGCUGAACAGCAGGAUUCUCUGUCAAUCUGAAGAUGAAUUUGCACGAAACACAGCUGAAGAAAAUAUCCAAAUGAAGAAAGAGCUGGAAGAAGAGAGGUCUCGUUAUCAGAACCUGGUAAAAGAGUAUGCAAGUCUGGAGCAGAGAUAUGACAACUUGAGGGAUGAAAUGACUAUUAUUAAGCAAACACCAGGGCACAGGAGAAACCCAUCCAACCAGAGCAGCUUGGAGUCUGAUUCCAAUAACCCAUCCAUCUGCACAUCUGAGAUCGGGGACACCGAGGAUGUGAUACAGCAGGUGGAGGAGAUUGGGAUGGAGAAGGCAGCCAUGGACAUGACCCUCUUCCUAAAGCUGCAGAAGCGAGUGAGGGAGCUCGAGCUGGAGAGGAGGAAGCUGCAAGCCCAGCUGGAGAAAAAGGAGCAAGAGAUCAAGAAAUCCCAGGUAAUCGAAACAAAGACUGAAGUAUCUUCAGAACAUGAAGAUUUUGCAUACAACAGCCUGAAGAGGCAAGAGCUGGAGUCAGAGAACAAGAAGCUGAAAAAUGAGCUCAACGAGCUGAGGAAGGCCAUAGCAGACCAUGCCAUGCAGAACAACUCCUCCAACGAUGUGCAGGACAGCUACAACCUCCUUCUGAACCAGCUGAAAUCGGCCAACGAGGAGCUGGAGGUGCGCAAGGAGGAGGUGCUGAUCCUCAGGUCACAGAUCAUGAAGGCAGCCCAGCAGAAGGAGACGGGGGAAAACAUGGAGAACGUCUCCCCCAAUGCCAGCUGGCCCAACAGUGACCGGCACGUUGACCAGGAGGACGCGAUCGAAGCCUACCAGGGCAUGUGUGAGACCAAUCGGUAAGUGUGGCACAGACCCCUCCACACAGGGGGGAUCCU